GAGUGCUUUGGACUUAGGUUAAUUGUUUGAACUUCAGUGAUACUUCAUAGACACAAAAUAGACUGAAAAGUGAAUAAACAUUACUUUUUAUCAUUACUGACUCAGUGCUCAGUGAUAACUAUAACACUGUUGGUUGUCUGAUUCAUCAUUCAGUGAUGUUUAAGUCGGUGCUGCAAAUGUCUAAAAAUAUAACUGGUCUGAGAGGUAUGGGCCUAGUAGAACUGUCCAGAUGCGCCAUGUCCACUGAGACAAGCCCUGCUGCCGGGGUCAACAGUUUCAAGACACUAGCAGUUACAGUUCCUAAGCCUUUUGUGUACCACGUGGAGCUCAACCGGCCAGACCGCCUCAACGCAAUGAACAACACCAUGUGGCUAGAGAUUGGUGAGUGUUUCUCUCAGCUGAAUCAUGAUGAGGAUUGUCGUGUCGUUGUGCUCUCCGGGGCUGGAAAACUGUUCUGUGCAGGAAUAGAUCUGCAGGACAUGACUCAAAUGGGAGCCAAACUGGCAGAUCAGGAAGAUGUAGCUCGCAGGUGUAAGAUAUUGGGAGCUACCAUCAAGAGCUACCAGAACUCUCUCACUGCCCUGGAGAAGUGCAACAAACCUGUGAUUGGAGCCGUCCACGGGGCUUGUAUUGGUGGGGGUAUUAACCUCAUUGCUGCCACUGACAUCCGCUACUGUACCUCUGACGCUUGGUUCCAGGUCAAGGAGGUAGAACUAGGUAUGACGGCAGACGUGGGAGUGCUGCAGAGAUUACCUCGGCUGCUGGGCAGUGCAAGUCUAGUGAACGAGCUCUGUCUCACAGCCAGGAAGUUCCCUGCGGCCGAGGCUGGUGCGACCGGGUUUGUCAGCAAGGUGUUUGAAGAUAAGAGCAAGAUGAUGACAGAGGCCCUAGCAAUAGCUGGGAGUAUAGCAGAGAAGAGUCCAGUGGCAGUACAAGGAACCAAACGUAACCUGGUCUACUCCAGGGACCAUACAGUGCAAGAGGGCUUGGACCAUGUGGCCGACUGGAACCAAAUAAUGCUGCAGAGUGAAGACUUCAUCAAUGCCAGCGUUGCUUUGGCCACCAAGAGUCCACCUCCAAUAUUCUCUAAGCUGUGAGCAAAGCAACUUUCUCGAUCCGUACAAGUCUCUUUCCAACCUGUGAAAUGAAACUCCUAAUGUAUUCAAACUGAAUACACUUACAUAAAUCUAAGACUGACAUCUGGAAAGUAAUGGGAUAUUUUGGGAUAAUGUUUUGAUAAAUGAUUUGUGAUUCCUGUAUAACGCAGAGAAACUAAGUAAUUAUUUAUGAUAAUAAUCCUCAACAUGAUAUUGAUCGCAUACAUGCCAGAGAGGCUAUUGUGUUUGCCAAGUCUAUGGCAAAAGGCAGACUUUUGAAAAAUCAUCCUGACAAUUUAAGUCACUUUUCAUUAGAUUUUUAUAACUUUCCGAAAUUUUAGAUGGGUAAAAAAUUUAAAUUUUCAUAGAUAAUGUUAAUGUUGUUUAUUAUACAAUUAAUUAGUAAUACGUUCUGUAAUAAACAAAAGAGCAGUAAUCCAGUUUAAUU